AAAGGUACCUGCCGGCCACACUCCUCUUCACCUCUGCGAAAUCAUUCUUUUCUCCCGCCACACGCCGCCCCUUCUCCCUUUCUACGGUGGUGCGUCACGGCGUCUCUCUCACAAGUACACAAAGUUCAGGGUUCUGCUAAAGACCAGAAGGGAAUAAGCAUCUGAGCAUUGAUUAAUCGGAGGAUCGUAUUAUUGCUUCAAAAACUAACAUAGUUGGGAUGGGAGCGAAGAACUCGCCGACGAGCUUGCUUCCUAGCAAGAAGAAUCUGGGUAAAGUUCCUAAAAGAAUCCACAAGGCUGAAAGGGAGAAAAUGAAGCGUGAACAUCUGAAUGAACUCUUCCUGAAAUUAGCUGAAGCACUUGAAGUGGGAGAACAAAACAGCGGAAAAGCCUCUAUCCUUGGCGAAACUACUCGUUUUAUAAAGGUGAUGCUUGAUCAGAUCAAGAGCCUCAAAAAAGAGAAUGCAGCUUUAUUGUCGGAGUCACAAUACGUGAAAUUGGAGAAGAAUGAGAUUGAAGAUGAAACUUGUGGUCUACAAAUCCAGAUUGGCGAAUUGAAGAGGAGGUUGACCGUAAAAGAGGAAAAGAAGCUGGACCUGAAUGCACCCCCUAUAGAAUCCCAAGAACAACAGUGUUUGAUGGAGGAUAGUCCAAUUGUAAAUCCUGUUUUUGUCUUCCCAGCUUGUCUUAACUUCCAAGGUGGCGGUGGUGAUGGUGAUGGUGGUGUGGUUAAGGCUGCAUCAAAUGUGAGGAAACCACACCCUAGAUAUCCCACCUCAUUGGAUUCAUGGCACUUCCAACUUCUGCCAUAGGAGGAAGAAUUACAGUGAGUAUACAUACAUACAUACAUACAUUAUAGUGUAUUGUUAGGAUGAGUGGUUCAUAUAGUGUGUUGUUUGGGUCACUGUUCAAUUUCAUGUGAUCUUUUAUUAUCUACU